AAACCAGCUGGGCUUUCUUAUUCCGUUAAUUUUGUUUAUUGCAAUUCCAAUCAGUUGCGUUUAUCGGUGGAUUUGUGAUUGUCUUAUUUGCAAAGCAGGGAAAUUAUUUUCAAAUAAAUCAAAUUUUACGCUGAUAACAGAAAUUUUCGUUAAUAUUCUUUUAUAGUUAUGUAGAACACGUGAUAAUUAAUUAAUUUCAUGGUAGCAAAAUUUUUACCGAAUAUGGAAAUGGAAUAACAAUUCAAUUAAAAUGUAUUAUUGGAAACUUGUAUAAUUCUAAAAUCCAUUAAAUGUAAUUUAAUUGAUAAAAUUACAAUAAUGUCCAUAAAUAUAUAAAUUAAAUGAAGACAGUGUAAAAAGUAAAACAUGCAUUUUAAAUGCAAGCCAAGGUCAAUGGACGCUGCCCCGAUGACAAAUAUUCACAUAAAAAUAUAAAUAGUAUCAGCAGGAAUUCAUAAUUCACAAGAUGAAAAAUGCCUUCUCAAAAACAGGAAACACAAUUUCUGCUCAAACAAAAAAGCGCAACCCCUGCAAACCCAGCUUCCGUAACUUAUAUCAAUUCAUCCAGUAGCGACAGUGAAGACGAUGUUGAUCAACAUGAAAGAGCAUACAGAAUGAAGGUGAAAUUAGAACCGACAAGUAAAUUGAAACAAAGCUCGUCCAGAAGACGACGACACCAAAUACAUCGUGGUGCGCGACGCAUUGGGCGUAUAGUAUUAUGGACGCUACUUUUGCCAACAUUUCUCUUCAUUUUAUAUCUACCAUUGUAUUCUGAUGUGCAUAGCCGUAGUGCUCCUCUGCCCGGUUGGAGUUUAAAUACAUCCCGGCAUAUGCCAGACUAUGUGCUGCCUGAUACGAACACAACUAUAAUCGAACCCCACAACUUAUGCCAUGAGAAAAUUUUUAUUUUAAUUGUUGUUUGCUCGAGCGUACAGAAUUUUGCAACACGUCAAAUCAUACGUGAAACUUGGGGAAAUACAACACAGUUCAACUACGACAAGUUCUCCGAGAUGCAUGCACACCUUAAUAAAAAUUACCUGAAUCCAACGAUUGAACGCAUAAAAUAUUACAGCGAAUUUUUAAGAAUUGAUAAAAAUGACACAAUAAUGCCUGAUACAGUGCCUAUAAAAGUUGUUUUUCUUGUGGGCCGCAACGAACCUGAUAUUAUGAUUGGCAACGAAACUGUUAAUGCGCUAAUACAUAAAGAGGCCCAACAAUACCAAGAUAUCAUACAAGAGGAUUUUACAGACACCUAUAAUAAUUUAACUCUUAAAUCUGUUAUGGCACUGAAAUGGAUAACUAAACAUUGCCUAGGUAAAGUUGCAUUCUUCAUGAAGAGUGACGAUGAUACCUUCGUGCACGUACCCAAUUUAAUACAUUUCCUAUUGGGCGGCACUAUUCCGCUUUAUAAUAACACUUUAGAUAUGCAUGAUUUAAAAAGUUAUGAAGUACUUUCAGCUAGAAAUCGUUUAAAUAAAACAAACAACUAUUUAACGGGUCAUCUGUUUUGCACAAGCCGCCCGAUUGCAAAUAUAACCAGUAAAUGGUAUAUGCCAUACUAUAUGUACCCAGAGGAUAAAUAUCCACGUUAUCUUUCUGGCGCUGGUUAUAUGAUGAGCAUGGAUGUCGUGCCACGUCUAUAUGAUAUGUCACUGAAUACAUCUUUUAUAUAUUUAGAAGAUGUUUAUUUGACUGGAAUGUGUGCUGAGAAAUUGAAUAUACCACGUGUGCAUCAGCCACUCUUUAGUUAUAACCGUGCUACAGAAUGGUGCAGCUUUAAAGGCAGCAUAACACAACAUGAGCUAAAGGACGACAGCUUACUUGAUGCUUACGCUUUUGUGGCAAAUGUAAGUAAUCGCUGUAGGCCACCUAAUAAAUAUUUUAAGCUUUUACGUUUGCGCAAAAACUCCAACUGCGUUUAGAGUAAGUUUGAAAACGGCUAGAGUAGUUCAUUUUUGCUAAAUGAAUGCAUUUGAAUAUAUGUGACAUGCACAUCGGGUAAGGUAACCGACUUUACAAUUUUAUAAGUAUUCAAACAAGACGUAUUCACACUAUUUCCAAAUAUUUUAGCUAUCAAAUUAUAUGGGUUUAUUAGAUUCUAAUUUCGGUUAUUUAUUUAUUUUAGAAUGAAAAGAAUCACUUGUUUAACCUAAAUGUAGUGAGUAAGUAAGGUCUUAUCAGAGUUUAAGUGUACUUAACAAAUUGCGAUAGUAAAUUUUUUAAAAUGUUUUAGAUUAAAUAUAGAUAAAAUUUCUAAUUACCAAGUAAUUAUUGAUUACCUUAAAUAUUAUUGCACUGAGUCUACACUGACACGACUUCGGUAAGAUUUUUUGUUAGCAAGUAAAAUUCGAAAAUAAUAUUAAAAAAUUCGAAAAAAAAUAAUACUAUUUGUAUUCGAACAGAAAAAUCUUGUCAAAGGUUACCCAGUGUAAACGCCAAGUAAGAUAUAGCUUCUAGCAAUGAAAUUUAAGAAUUUUAUUUGUUUUUAAGAUCAAAAAUUAUUUCUCAAAAAAUAUUUAUAAAACAGUAUAAGCUACUGUAAAAGUAAACACUAUAUAUAAAGUCAUAAUCAUGUAUAUAUUCAUUCGGAUUGAAUUAAAAAAACUUUACAUCGGUUUAGUUACAUUUUUCACUACACCAUAAAUAAAUAUUGCUUUUUUUUCGAUUUACGGAUUAGUUCCGGUGUGAAGUCCUUGCAUUACAGUCAAUAAUUUAGAUAACAAACGACAUGAUUUUUGAAAUAUAGUGUAGAUGUGUAAUUGUUUAACGUGCAUUGGUUAUAUAUAACUAAUUUUAUUUU